CUUUUCUAAAACUUUACUACUGCAAGACAAUCCCUGAAAUCUGCAGCAUCGACCAGGAGAAAUCGAACUUUUUGCACGCCCAAGGUCUGUACCUGCAUCCAACUUUCGUUCAACAAAACAAACACGCGAUAAACUCGACGCGUCACAACCAACCAGAUGACAAUCCUCCAAAAACACACAACGCCCGCCAGUUUUCAAAACCACGACUUCCUCGUCAAUUGAUCCGCUGUCAUCGAGGAUCCUUCGAUAUGCCCGGCGAGGCCGCCCACUGACUGACCCGGACUAACCACCAGCAGCGACCUUGAAAACAUACAAUGGUUCGAGUCACCGAGGAGUUGGCUUUGUCGCAAGAUGAAGUCAAUCUCUACCAUACUUCAGACCCCUACUUGGGUCAUCUGCCCGUCCUAAUCUUUCACGGGCCCUCUACAACGACCAAUUCCACUCUCAACAGCUCUCGAAUUCAAGUCCACGUCCUCACUGCAGCUGGCUUCCAGAGCUAUCCGCGCAUCACCAUUUCUCCGAACUCCCCCUUCUACCAAUCAGUCAAUCAUCUGCCACGCGAUAGACAAGGAGACGAAGUAUGUCGAGGCAUCGCUUUUGGGCUGUUGAAGUACUUCAAGGAAUUACCAGAGGUGGUAAAGGCUGGUCUGAUUGUGCAAGCUGCCAGCUCAAAGCGCAAAAGACCUGGAUCAGCUCCGACACUAUUUGGUGAACAACAUGCAGCAGAUUUGGCAUCAUCUAUGGUUAGAGUGGAGAACAUGGCGGAAGUGGUCGAAGAUAUGGAAGCAGCUCUGCGACCUCAAAACAUCAAUCAUGUGGACGUGGAUUUGGUCUUGCCUCCGGGAACCAUUGCUCCAUUCGAGGAGUUGGAUCCAGAUGAGCAUAUGAACGACGAAGAUGAUGACACGCUGUUGGACCCUACACUCAAGCAAUAUGGCGAAUAUGCCCCCCUUGUGAAGCUGUUUGGUGAGGUCGCAUUUCUUCCGACUUCUAAGCUACGACGAGCUCCCUCAAAAGCCAAUUCUCUCAAUCGGUCGAGAUCAUUCCUCAAAGAUCAAAAGAUGUCCCUGCGUCGAGAAAUGAGCGAGUUUGUUGACACUGAGGAACGAUAUGUCAUGAAGAUGCAUGAGUUAGUCAAUCAUAUUGCAGAUGAUUUCCGUGAGAAGGCAAAGAGUCGAGCAUUCGGCAGUUUCAGUCCAUCUGAAGAGGACUUGAAAAAGUUGUUUCCCAAAUCUCUAGAUAGAAUUCUUUCUAUCAACUCUGCUUUCCUUGCCGAAAUUAAGAAAGUUAUGGACGAGACUGAGGAAGACGCCAUGCGAGACCUCGAGGCACCAAUCGUCAGCUCGACUGGUUCGAGAUAUGGUGGAACAGGACGACUGAAGGAUCCCACUGGAGCACUUGCAUUUUCCAAGGUUCUCCUUGAAUGGUUCCCCCAGUUCUCAGAAUGCUAUCAAGAAUACAUUCGUGCAAGCCAAGAGUUCCCCAAAAUCAUCACUCUAUUUGUCAACCAGCAGUCGAGUUUCUCACAACGCGUACAGCAAACCGGCGAGCAGCGCCUUCGCUCCUCCGUUAUUGAACCUGUUCAACGACUACCACGAUACAGUCUAUUUAUUGACAAUAUUGUCAAUUUUCUGCCCGUUUUGCAUCCCGCGCUCCAACCAAUGCUCAAAGCCCGAGACAUAAUCACAGAAAUAUGUUCUCUGGAUCCACCUGUUGCUGACAAGGAGCAAAUCGUCCAUCGACUUCGAAACCUAGUGGAAAGCUGGCCGACAACUCUCAAGCCGCAAGGUCGAUUGAUCACUGCAGCAGAGUUUGUAGAACUGCCAGCCCCUUUCCAUUGCCCUCCGACAGCUGCCUCGGGACCACCUAGAGACGGGAUGUUCUUGUUGUUCGCAGACUGCAUCGUCAUUCUCAGGAAGUCUAGUCAAUGCACCAUUUCUGGCAGAGGUCUUAUGGCCGAGGUUGAUAGACCAUCUGCAACGAGCAUGAUGGCCUCGAUUACAGCCAACGCCGGAGGACAGAAGAAAGUAUAUGAACUGGCUUUCUGUGGCUGGCACGCGCUUGGAGAUACCCGCUUCACGAUGUCAGAUGAUGGCCGUAUCGUCUCAUUAGUAUCGCUUCAUGAGUUAAAGGAUCCUGGCUCAGGUCGUGGCGGCACUGCUCCAAAUGCAACCGUACGCUGUUUUAGCUUGCAAGGCGCGUAUGAAAGCAAAGCACUUAGGUUCACCGAAGAGAUCACCAAGGCUAGAGUUGAAGGAAGAUUCUCUGAGCCAGAACGGGAAACUGAUAGGUGGUCUUUGCGAUCUGUCAAAAUGCCCGCUGCUGAUAUCAGUCUCCACACUGCUGUCUUCGAAGAGGGAAUCGAUACUUUAAUGAAGGGUAGAAAGGAACCUGCCCCUAUUCGAAUCGUGGUCGACCAUGAGCGAGGCACGAAAGGCGCCCCUGUCGGUCACUAUGGUGUCGACAUAGUCUGUAAUAUCGGCUCACUUCCAGGAGGACUCAAUUACAAACUCGAGACUGAUGGUCUUCAUGACAGAGUAUUUGUAGACGAGGUGGUGGUUGAACACUUGCUUCCCACCCUUGUGAAGCGAGUAAACGAUCUUCUCCAGACGCAAUUUCACCCUAGCAACCCGUCCUUGACUGUCUCUUUCAUCACUUUCUACUCAAGGGUACUAAGAUCGCUGACUAUAUUACGGGAUGGUGAUAAAUUCAAGUCCUUCCGACCUGCAUCGCCUGUCAAAAUGCUGUCCAGCUUUCUGUCAAAUGGGUUCAACAGCUCGACUACAUCGCUUCAUUCUUCGGUUCACGGAAGCUCAUCGAAACACCCGAGAACCCCCAUCAUGGGAAACAUACCUUCUAUGCAGCCGCCACCACUAUCCAGAACAAACAGCAAUAAGUCAAGCCAUUCGAUUCAAGACGUAGACCUCAGAAGCAGCCAACGAACUGGCGAAAGACCUACGAAUCCACUGGUUCGUCUUGAGGAAACUUUCACUGGCUACAUUGCUGCUCUUCAGGCUCGUAAAGGCAAUGUUGUCGGACGGGUAUUGAGGAACAGAGUUGCUGCUGACGAAUUGGCUAUCAAUGCCGUCUACAAUACCUUCAUCGAGAACCCUUUCGAUCAGCGUGUAGCUUCCGAAGCUACAGUCGAUGUGCUAUUUGUAGCUUUCGAAAAAUAUGUAAGAUUGGCAUGGAAGGAUCAGAUGGGCAAAGUCAUGUCAACAGAGACAUUGAAUGAACUGCAGGAGAGGGCUUUAAGACUUCAUCCUAAUGAUUUCGCCGACUUUGUGAAGAUGGUCUUUGCCGAAAUGGCUCCUCAGAAUAGAAGAGCUUUUAUUGCGAUCAUCAAGUUACUUGCUGACCUCCUUGAAGGUUGUGGCAAUGACGGCGAUCGAGGCGCUUUGACUGCGUCUUUUGCAGAACUUCUUGUUAUUGACGGUGAACCGCAUGAAUAUAUCAACUUGCUCGACCGAAUGGUGGAAGAUCAAGAUCGACUCUUUGACGAUAUCGGACCUGGUGCUGUCACUGGACAUGGCAGUGGCAAUAACUCUGCAUACGGCUCCAUCUCUGGCGGUCGAGUUAACGCUUCUGCUACGGGGUCUAUUGCUUCAAACACUUCCUCGUUCCGCAAGCGUUUCGCAGAUACAUUACUGCGGCAGAAUAGUAAAGGUGAUGGAGAUCGGCCUUCUGUCUGGCGCACUCUGAGCAAGACCAACCGUCACGUCGCUACGGGCGAGCCAGUCACCCCUUCAAGUCUGUCCAAAGGAUCGCUUAACCGAUCGAGAUCUAUCGAAUCACCAAGACGACCUGGCUCUCGCGAUAGACCAACUGUCCUUGGUGCAUUUGAUGAGAGGCCCUCUAGCUCGCAAGGUCCUUCCACUAGACUCAGUACUAUUGGAGCUUCACCACCCCCUGAAGAUCAGAAGCCGGUAGAGAAGACUUUGAAGAAGAAGCGAAGAAGCUCCCUGUCCGAUCUCAAGUCACUCAUGGCAGCAGCUUCAAUGGGAAAUUCGCCACUCACUCCAGAUGGACGAAAAGGCUUGAGAUUCAAUUCAUCACCCAAGACACCUUCACCAACAAAGAUACCUGUUGCAGGUGGAAUCAUGGAUCGGACUCGGUCAGCUAUGUAUAACACUGGCUCACCAGCGCAGAAAGAGAAUACACCCUUGAACGGAACGACGUCGAGGAAUGUCGGCAACCUGACCGAACGUCCUAACAAUAUCAUGUCCCCCGAUAUUGUAGUGAUCAAGGACCUCUGGUCCGCUGGUGGUGCGAAAGGCCACAGCAAGGCGCUAUCCAUGUCAUCGAACAUUCCCACAUUCCGAGGUCGCACUCCAUCUGUCACCCGACCAACCACAAGUCCUAGCAAACCUUCGCCUCAGAAGUUGCGUCUACAAAGCCCACAAAAGCUCCGUGAGCGUCUACAAAACGAAGCAAAGGCCAUCAACGAAGCUGAGGCUUCCUUGCAAACGGAACUUUCCAAGAUCGGUGAAGAAAUGGCUAAACUCACUACUUCAUCCUCAGUGCGCACAGUUGAUCUCAGCAAACUCAAUACGACAGUAAGCAACCUCGAGUCCCGCAUUCCUGAAGUCAUCAAGGACCUCACAACUCGCAACGAUGCCAUCAAAGUCGAUUUGGAGAAGAGCCUGCAGGCCAGCGAGUUUAAGGUCAAGGGUCUGGAUCAGCUAUACAAGGAAAGCAGCGCAGAGAAUGAACUACUGUACGAGAAAUUCAACGGAGAAUUAGGCAAGAUUGUCAAAGCUCUGAAAGGCAAGGGCAAGGAAGACAAAGAGGAACUCAUCACGAAAGUGAAGGAUGCGAGUGAGGAAACGGCAAAGACUAAGAAGGAGAACGCCAGACUUCGAAGAGAAGUGUUGACCUUGAGGGCAUUGUUGAAGGGAAAUGAAAUUUGAAGGACAGACUAAUGGCUGAUACGAUUGCUUGGAAGAUUGAUGACGGAGGACUUUCUUGUUCGGAUUACGAUCUGUGUGGACUCAUUCAUCGGCGUUUGGAGCGUGCAUUUCAUGAUGAGCGACGGAGCUCUACUGGGGAGAUACCUUUGUUGGCAAACGGUCCGUGACGGUAAAGCUGUUCUGGAUUGUGGCAAGCUGGAGAGUCUCGUGUAUUAUACCAUUUGUGGCGAUGAGGACUGAGUGUACAAGACUAGAAGCAAUGAAAACGAUACAUAC